UAAACAUUUAUAGUCCUCCAUUAACACUGCCUGAACGCCUCGCCGCGCGCCUCUACUGUUAUCUGCAAAUGACGUCACUCCAGAACUCGCGUCGCGUCGCGUCGUUCAGCGUGCGGAUGAUGGGGGUGUCGCAUUCUCCCAUUUGCCGGCAAGGAAGGAUGUUUAUUUCCUGAAUCCUGACUCUCGAGUCUUUCGAUAGAUUCGGACCACCUCCUCUCUGUCGUCACAUCGCGCCGCUACAAAAGCUUCAUGGAGAAACUGGAACGCAGUCGAAACCGGCCAGAAAAGCGGAUCGAAAUGAAGGCCUUCACCGCGCUGCUGAGGUCGUCGAGCGGCGUGUGUUCGCGGCAUGUGCAGCGCGUCGCGGCGCUCGGGCGAUGCGGAAUGUGCAGUAAGCUGGAGCCGAGCUUUGGGUUGUUGUUCGACAUCGAUGGAGUCUUGGUGCGAGGGAAGACCCCCAUCCCAGCGGCCAAGAGAGCUUUCCAGAAGCUGGUGGACGCAAAGGGACAGUUCGUGGUUCCGGUUGUCUUUGUCACAAAUGCUGGCAACUGCUUACGGCAGAAGAAGGCAGAUCAGCUGUCUCACAUACUGGGUGUUCCUAUCUCUCAAGACCAAGUCAUGAUGUCUCACAGCCCUUUGAGAAUGUUCAAGAAAUAUCAUGACAAGUAUGUGCUGGUAUCUGGACAAGGUCCUGUGCUCGACAUUGCCAAAAACGUGGGCUUCACAAACGUGGUCAGUAUCGACAUGCUGCGAGAGUCGUUCCCUCUGCUGGACAUGGUGGAUCACAACAGACGACCCAAACUACCGUCUUCUCCUGUGGUGAACCUCCCCAGAGUCGAAGCGGUAGUUCUGUUCGGGGAGCCCAUUCGAUGGGAAACAAACCUACAGCUCAUCGUUGACGUCCUUCUCACCAAUGGGAACCUGAGCAAUGCCUACGAGAGCCGUCACAACGCUCACCUGCCGCUGCUGGCCUGCAACAUGGACCUGAUGUGGAUGGCAGAGGCUCAUUCACCGAGAUUCGGUCACGGCACUUUCAUGGUGUGUUUGGAGAGCAUCUAUAAGAAGAUCACUGGCCAAGAUCUGAAGUACGAGGCCCUCAUGGGGAAGCCCAGCGAACUGACGUACCAUUUUGCGGAGUACCUCAUCAGAGAACAAGCUGCAGAGAGAGGCUGGAGGCAACCAAUCAGAUCCCUGUAUGCUGUCGGGGACAACCUGAUGACUGAUAUUUAUGGUGCCAACCUCUACAACCGCUACCUCGAGGACCGGCUGGCCAGGAAGACCCGAGCAGUGGCGAAUAUGGUGACCGGAACAGGAACGCCCACCACCGUCCCUCAGGAGGAGGACAUGGACAACGAUUGGGAAAGUGAGCUCGCGUCGCCCUCCGCCACGUCCUGCAAGUCCAUCCUGGUCUGCACAGGUGUCUACAACCCCCACAUGGAGUUACCUAAAGAUGCCAACCAGUGCAUCAAAGAGACGGUCUUCCACGGGCACCGCGACUUCCGCUUCGACCCCGCUCUGGUCGAGCCGGAGAAAAUCGUACAGGAUGUGGAUGCUGCUGUCGAACUCAUCUUUGAGAUGGAGAAGUUCGGGACGGCCGUUUAGUUACACUGAUCAAGAGUCUUUAUCGUGCAGCCUUUCCAUUUUAGUAUAUGUUUUAUGGAGAAACCCUCCACAAAUAAGCACAACUGAGAAAACGGCAGCAAUUAUCCAAGAUCUCGUGGCAUUUUAGCGUCACUGGACAGCAUGAUUUCAUUUUAACUGUAACGUGUUUGUGUCCCAGCAGUAUUUCGUCUGAACAGAUUCAUGAAUCGCACAGCUCUAGACCGACACCAGAUGAAGGUAUGGAAGCUUGUUUCUGCCAUGCAGAAAAAAUAUAAAAAGUCAAUUAUGACUUUCUCACAGUUGCAAAUUUGCAAUUCUGAGAAAAAAGCCAGAAUUGACAGAUAAAAAGCCACAAUUACCUUUAUUUUUAUUCGGUGGUGUAAACAAGCUUCCAUGGCCAGGGCUAUCAGUCUGCCUGGUGUUUUUUGUUUCAAUAAUAAGACUACGUCAUUCGUAUUUCUAUCAUCUCUCACAGUUCAGCAUUGGUAAAAUCAUAUUACAGUAACUCACUCUACAGUUUUAUCAUUACACAUCCCAAAAAUAUGAUCUACCAUUUUUGUAGAAUUGUAUGUGUAAUACUUCAUAUUAAUUCAACAUGUUCCAUAUUGUUAUCUCCAUUGUGCCAGUUUUAGUAAUUGUUACAUACAACAUUCUUUUUAUACAUGUUUGAUUUGGUAAAUGUUACAUUGUAACAUUCUGGUGAGAUUUGCACUGAGACUUGUAGAAAUUAAAAGCCAUUUACUUGAAUGUUUGUUUUUGAAUUUUACCGGGAAAAUAGCGCACCUCCAAUAUAGAGUUAAACAACUGUUUAAAAGUAAUAUGAUACAUUCUGGUAGUACAAUAAAGUUUGACAAAUAGUUGCCAUUUUUGUCACUUGUAAAUAAAUUUUAUCCUCAAACAUA